AAUAGGAGGCUAGCGCAGCAGCACAGUGCUAUAUCCUCCAGACGGAGAGGGACGGUACCAGCUGCUAGCUACGUUAGCCGCAGUAGGCAGUUAGCACCUAGCUCCAACAGCACUAGCUCCUUUACUGACCCAUGAGGGAGUAAGCACGGAGGGUCAGAGUGACAGUGUGAGAGUCGUAGCUCUGAGUGUCCGCUCGGCUGUCCCGAACUGUCACCCUGUGCUUGCGUGAAGCUGCGUGAGCCUCAGAGAUAAAGAGAGAGUUUGUGCACAUACAAGCCCGCAUAUCUCCCUCUUCCUGCUUAGCAACGUGUCCGUAAAGGUGUGUGAGAGAGACCGCAUUAGCGAGAGAGGACGAAUAAACCCUGCCUGACUGUUUACACUCGGUGUCCGGUUACUUGGCAGCAGAUCCACGUCGCUUACUGAGCAGCACCAGCAUGAUGUUGAGGUUUGCCGUAGUCCGCGGUGGCCUCGGCCUGCUUUCCAUCAGGAGGGCGUGUCUUCUCUCCCGGUCCGCCCACUCCGCCCCGCAGAGCGAGUACCGACCCAUCAAGAAAGUCAUGGUGGCCAACAGAGGUGAAAUUGCUAUCAGAGUGUUCAGAGCCUGCACUGAACUGGGGAUUCGCACCGUGGCUGUUUACUCUGAACAAGACACUGGACAGAUGCACAGGCAGAAGGCAGACGAGGCUUACCUGAUUGGAAAAGGCCUGCUGCCAGUUGCAGCGUACCUGCAUAUUCCAGACAUCAUCAAAGUUGCCAAGGACAACGGCGUGGAUGCCAUCCAUCCUGGCUACGGCUUCCUCUCCGAGAGAGCAGACUUUGCUCAGGCCUGCUCAGAUGCAGGAGUCAGGUUUGUUGGGCCGAGCCCAGAAACGGUCCGCAAGAUGGGGGACAAAGUAGAGGCUCGCUCGCUGGCAAUCGGCGCAGGUGUUCCUGUGGUCCCAGGAACAAAUUCCCCCAUCUCCUGUCUGCAGGAGGCGCAGGCGUUUGCCCAGACGUACGGCUUCCCCAUCAUCUUCAAAGCCGCCUAUGGAGGAGGAGGUCGAGGCAUGAGGGUGGUCAGGGAGUAUGAGGAACUGGAGGAGAACUACCAGCGGGCCUACUCUGAGGCCCUGACGGCGUUUGGGAAUGGAGCGCUGUUUGUUGAGAAGUUUAUUGAAAAGCCGAGACACAUCGAGGUCCAGAUCCUCGGUGAUAAAUAUGGUAAUGUCAUCCAUCUGUACGAGAGAGACUGCUCCAUUCAGAGGAGACACCAAAAGGUUGUGGAGAUCGCACCUGCCUUCCAGCUGGACCCUCACCUGAGAGACAGGCUUCAUGCUGAUGCUGUCAACCUGGCCAAACAGGUUGGAUAUGAGAAUGCAGGAACCGUGGAGUUCCUGGUAGACAAACAUGGAAAACACUACUUCAUCGAGGUCAACUCCCGACUCCAGGUUGAACACACGGUCACCGAGGAAAUCACGGAUGUGGACCUGGUGCAUGCCCAGCUGCAUGUGUGUGAGGGCCGCAGCCUGCCAGAACUCGGCCUCAAACAAGACAAGAUCAGGGUGAACGGCUGCGCGAUCCAGUGCAGAGUGACCACCGAAGACCCUGCCAGGGGCUUCCAGCCAGACACGGGGAGGAUCGAGGUCUUCAGGAGUGGCGAAGGCAUGGGUAUCCGCCUGGACAGCGCUUCAGCCUUUCAGGGGGCCAUCAUCUCGCCUCACUAUGACUCGCUGCUUGUGAAAGUGAUCGCCAGUGGAAAGGACCUGAACACAGCCGCCUCCAAGAUGAGCCGAGCCCUGGCCGAGUUCAGAGUGCGAGGGGUCAAGACCAACAUGCCAUUCCUCCAGAAUGUCUUGUCCAACAACCAGUUCCUGCACUCAACUGUGGACACCCAGUUCAUUGACGAGAAUCCAGAACUCUUCAACCUCAAACCCACUCAGAACCGAGCACAGAAACUGCUGCACUACCUCGGACACGUGAUGGUUAAUGGACCAACCACACCUAUUCCAGUCAAGGCAAAGCCGUCCUCCACAGACCCAGUUGUCCCAGCUGUUACCAUGGGCGACCCACCUGUGGGUUUUCGUGAUGUCCUGCUGCGCGACGGCCCCGAGGGGUUCGCCAAGGCUGUCCGAGCCCACCAGGGUCUGCUACUAAUGGACACAACAUUCAGGGACGCCCACCAGUCGCUUCUGGCGACAAGGGUCCGGACUCACGACCUGAAGAAGAUCUCGCCGUUCGUCAGCCACAACUUCAGCAGCCUUUUUAGCCUGGAGAACUGGGGAGGUGCUACCUUUGACGUGGCCAUGCGAUUCUUGUCCGAAUGUCCGUGGAAGAGACUCCAGGAGCUGAGAGCUUUGAUCCCAAAUGUCCCGUUCCAGAUGCUGCUGAGAGGUGCCAACGCUGUGGGCUACACAAACUACCCUGACAACGCCGUCUUUAAGUUCUGCGAGGUGGCCAAAGAAAACGGCAUGGAUAUCUUCCGUGUGUUUGACUCCCUCAACUACCUGCCCAAUAUGCUGCUGGGUAUGGAAGCUGCUGGAGCAGCAGGUGGCGUGGUCGAGGCCGCCAUCUCCUACACAGGCGACGUCUCCGACCCAAUGAGGCAGAAAUAUUCCCUGGACUACUAUAUGAACUUGGCUGAUGAGCUCGUCAAAGCUGGGACUCACAUCCUCUCUAUCAAGGAUAUGGCUGGACUGCUGAAGCCGGAGGGCAGCAAGCUUCUGGUCGGCACAUUGAGGGAUCGCUUCCCAGAUGUGCCCAUCCACGUGCACACACACGACACAGCUGGAGCCGGUGUAGCAGCCAUGCUGGCUUGUGCUGAAGCGGGAGCUGAUGUAGUCGACGUGGCUGUUGACUCUAUGGCUGGGAUGACGUCUCAGCCGAGCAUGGGGGCCAUCGUUGCCUGCACCAAAGGGACCAAAUACGACACUGGCAUUGCUCUGGAGAAGGUGUUCGACUACAGUGAGUACUGGGAGGUCACCAGAGGCCUGUAUGCUCCGUUUGACUGCACUGCCACCAUGAAGUCGGGCAACGCUGACGUCUAUGAGAACGAGAUACCUGGAGGACAGUACACCAACCUGCACUUCCAGGCUCACAGUAUGGGACUGGGAAAUAAGUUCAAGGAGGUGAAGAAGGCUUACGCUGAAGCAAACAAACUACUAGGAGACCUCAUUAAGGUGACUCCAUCUUCAAAGAUCGUGGGUGAUCUCGCUCAGUUCAUGGUGCAGAACAACCUGACCAGGGCAGAGAUGGAAGAAAGGGCAGAUGAGCUGUCCUUCCCCCAGUCCGUGGUGGAGUUCCUGCAGGGAUACAUCGGGAUACCACACGGUGGCUUCCCUGAGCCCUUCAGGUCCAAGGUGCUGAAGUCUCUUCCACGUAUUGAAGGUCGUCCUGGUGCCUCUCUACCACCGAUGGACUUCAAGAACCUGGAGGAUGGACUCCGAGCCGCACAUGGGGACGAUAUCACCCCUGAGGACGUAAUGUCCGCAUCCAUGUACCCCAAGGUGUUCCAGGAGUUCAAGGAAUUUACUGCCAACUUUGGUCCAGUGGACUGUCUCAGCACCAGGCUGUUCCUGGAUGGACCCAAGAUUGCAGAGGAGUUUGAGGUGGAGCUGGAGAGAGGAAAGACCCUCCACAUCAAGGCCCUGGCGCUGGGUGACCUGAACAAGGCCGGGCAGAGAGAAGUGUUCUUUGAGCUGAACGGGCAGCUGAGAUCGGUGCUGGUUAAAGACACGGUGGCCAUGAAGGAAAUGAAGUUCCAUCCCAAGGCUCAGAAGUCCAUCAAGGGUCAGGUGGGAGCGCCAAUGCCUGGAAAAGUCUUGGAGGUUAAAGUUAAAGUCGGAUCCAAGGUGGAGAAGGGUCAGCCGCUUUGUGUCCUGUCAGCCAUGAAGAUGGAGACAGUGGUCAACUCCCCCAUGAGCGGGACCAUUAAGGCCGUCCAUGUGGAGCCAGACACCUCCCUGGAGGGAGAUGACCUGAUACUGGAAAUCGAGGAGUAGAGUGAGGAAGGGGGUCGAGGUGGGGGUGGCAGCAGGUGGAGGUAGACCAGUCCCUCGGUUUGUACAUAUUAGGUUUAGCAUUAACACAGACAAGUAAUGACGCUCUAUGCAUAUCAGGAUACUAGAUGGAUGUAGAGACUACAGGAGGUGAGACGGCCAUGAAAGUUAACAGCUCAAUGGCAUCUUCACUAGUUUUCUGUCACAUUGUGGAAAUUAACCUUACUGUGUAUUGUAGGAGUGUGUUUUAUAUCUAAACCAUGAUACAUUCCACUGCAUAGUCUUAAAUGUGAUGAACUACAAUGAGCCAACCAUGUGGAACACCAACAGGGCUGUAAAACACCUACUUGAAAUUAAUUGCCACAUUUUCCAGGUCAGUGGUUUUCAUCUGAUUCUGAAUUCAUAGGGAGUGAGUAGAUCCAGAACACUACUACAGUGUAAUUAACAGGCUUCUCUGAGAAGGUAUUACCAAACAUUGUGAAAUCAAAAUGCAAUCUUUUAUAUUCACCUUUAGAAAAAAAUGAAUCCUUGACCUCAGUCCCGCUGCAUUCUGGGAAUGUGUAAUUACUACAAGCGUGUAACUCUCACUUUAUUUUUCACAGAUAAUGAGAUUUAAAGUGAAGAACUGCACAGGAUGUUUACAAAGCACACUAAGGACAGUUAUUUUGGUGUUUUCUUUGAUUUAUGUCCCAGAUAAAAUCAAUAUUAUUAAUUUAAAAUUCCCAAACGGGCUAUUUCAGAACCAGUAGAAUCACCUAGGCACCAUUUGAGGUCUCUAGUUGUAAAAAAACUAGUUUUUCUCUUCACAGACAAAGUGAUGAGCAGUUUUUACGGGGAUCUUUAAUGCUUGGUUAAAAUAGGAUUACAGCAUGUCACUUUAAUGGGGUCACAUGUUUGUUUUUUUUUCCCCCCUUCCCUUAUGAAUAAAUUGUCAGUCAAAUGAUGUGAAAUCAAUCGGGCUAAUAGGAGACUCCUGGUGGCAGCAGCGCUUGUCUUUAUAUUUCCGACGCGUGUGUGCUUGCAUAAACAAGUCAAAUAUAAGGACGAACUCCACGAGUCCUCUGCAGCACACCCCCUGAGAUAAAAACCCAUUCAAAUAGAGAUGAAAUAUUCAUGCUCACACAUGCUCCUGUUCAAAAAUAUUCCUGCUGGCCCCUGUGUGCAGCAAAGAAAAACAAAGGCGGACUCUAUGCAAGGAGGGUGAGGCUGUGUCUCCGUGACAAUACCGUCCAAAACAUUUACCACGGCCACAAGACAGAGAUGAGCUGCAACUUAAAUCACAUGAGUCUUAGUUAUUCAGUGUUAAUGCAGGUCCUGAUUGAAUGACUAAACGCCCUUAAAGCACAUUUUGAAAAUGGAGGUUACAUAUUUUUCUACUGUUUACAGUGAAGCAGGAGGAGGUUUAAGACAAAAUAUGUUUUUUCUUCCAAAAUAUCUUCUCCUUAUAGCACAAACAUAAACAUCCUGAAAAUAAUGCGUUGGUUGUCUUCAAGGAACAGCCCUUUUGUUGUUGGAUGGGAUGAAUGACUGUUUUUGAUAAAGAUGUUGUACAAUACAGUAGUUUCCUCCUCCUUCCUCCCCCAUCAGUCACCCUCCUCUCCCUCCCAUUUGCUAACGAUGUAUUUGCACAUGAGAUAAUGUCAUCGAUUAAUGCAAUAAACUGUACCGUAACUCUGUGUCUAAGCCAGCAUUGGCUCCUGUACAGCCUUGCUCUGAUGAUGUACCCAUGUCUGUGGAAAUAAACUGGAUAAUCACUUCGA